GGCUCUGCAAGGUCUCAGAGCCGGUCUACGUCUCUCAUGCCUGAGGGUCCGGUCCCUUUGAGUGGAGAUGAAAGCGGCGUGGAGAAACGGUAUUCGUUCGUCCUUACUAUUCUUUAACAUUCGUGAGCUGACCCUGUGCUGGGAACACGCCGGUGGCUGAGACAGCCCCAGUCUCUGUGCUACUGGAGCUCACAGUUCAGUGAGGGACACAGACGCAUCACCAGGAGAAUUACGAGCUGUACCAGGUAGAGCUGGGUCCUGGUCCCAGCGGGGACAUGGCAGCCAAGAUGAGCAAGAAGAAGGCGGGCAGUGGAGGGGGCAAGAGGAAGGAGAAGCUGGAGAACAUGAAGAAGGAGAUGGAGAUUAACGACCACCAGCUGUCAGUGCCCGAGCUGGAACAGAAAUACCAGACCAGUGCGACCAAGGGCCUGUCUGCCAGCCUGGCCGCCGAGCUGCUGCUGCGGGACGGGCCCAAUGCCUUGAGGCCGCCGCGGGGCACCCCCGAGUACGUCAAGUUCGCGCGGCAGCUGGCGGGCGGUCUGCAGUGCCUCAUGUGGGUGGCCGCUGCCAUCUGCCUCAUUGCCUUUGCCAUCCAGGCCAGCGAGGGCGACCUCACCACGGACGACAAUCUGUACCUGGCACUGGCCCUCAUUGCCGUGGUUGUGGUCACUGGCUGCUUCGGCUACUAUCAGGAGUUUAAGAGCACCAACAUCAUUGCCAGCUUCAAGAACCUUGUGCCCCAGCAAGCAACGGUGAUCCGAGAUGGGGACAAGUUCCAGAUCAACGCAGAUCAGCUGGUGGUGGGCGACCUGGUGGAGAUGAAAGGCGGGGAUCGAGUGCCAGCCGACAUCCGCAUCCUGCAGGCCCAGGGCUGCAAGGUGGACAACUCCUCGCUGACUGGAGAGUCUGAGCCGCAGACCCGCUCGCCCGAGUGCACGCACGAGAGCCCCCUGGAGACCCGCAACAUCGCCUUCUUCUCCACCAUGUGCCUUGAGGGCACCGCGCAGGGCCUGGUGGUGAGCACCGGCGACCGCACCAUCAUCGGGCGCAUCGCAUCACUGGCCUCGGGAGUAGAAAAUGAGAAGACACCCAUCGCUAUCGAAAUUGAACAUUUUGUGGACAUCAUCGCAGGCCUGGCCAUCCUCUUUGGUGCCACAUUUUUCAUAGUGGCCAUGUGCAUUGGCUACACCUUCCUGCGGGCCAUGGUCUUCUUCAUGGCCAUUGUGGUAGCCUAUGUGCCUGAGGGGCUGCUGGCCACUGUCACGGUCUGCCUGUCCCUGACAGCCAAGCGGCUGGCCAGCAAGAACUGUGUAGUCAAGAACUUGGAAGCAGUGGAGACACUGGGCUCCACGUCAGUGAUCUGCUCUGACAAGACGGGGACCCUCACUCAGAACCGCAUGACUGUGUCCCAUCUGUGGUUCGACAACCACAUCCACUCGGCUGACACUACAGAAGACCAGUCAGGGCAGACGUUUGACCAGUCCUCGGAGACGUGGCGGGCGUUGUGCCGCGUGCUCACCCUGUGUAACCGUGCUGCCUUCAAGUCGGGCCAGGACGCAGUGCCCGUGCCCAAGCGCAUCGUGAUCGGGGACGCGUCGGAGACUGCGCUGCUCAAGUUCUCGGAGCUGACGCUGGGCAAUGCCAUGGGCUACCGCGAGCGCUUCCCCAAAGUCUGCGAGAUCCCCUUCAACUCCACCAACAAGUUCCAGUUGUCCAUCCACACCCUGGAGGACCCGCGCGACCCGAGGCACGUGCUUGUAAUGAAGGGGGCCCCCGAGCGCGUGCUGGAGCGCUGUAGCUCCAUCCUCAUCAAGGGCCAGGAGCUGCCGCUGGAUGAGCAAUGGCGCGAGGCCUUCCAGACUGCCUACCUCAGCCUGGGAGGCCUGGGUGAACGCGUCCUGGGCUUCUGCCAGCUCUACCUGAGUGAGAAGGACUACCCGCAUGGCUAUGCCUUCGACGUGGAGGACAUGAACUUUCCAACCAGUGGCCUGUGCUUUGCGGGACUCGUAUCCAUGAUAGACCCACCCCGGGCCACCGUUCCUGAUGCUGUGCUCAAGUGCCGCACAGCAGGCAUCCGGGUGAUCAUGGUGACAGGUGAUCACCCCAUCACAGCCAAGGCCAUUGCAGCCAGUGUGGGCAUCAUCUCGGAAGGCAGUGAGACAGUGGAGGACAUUGCUUCCCGCCUCCGUGUGCCCGUGGACCAGGUUAACCGGAAGGAUGCCCGCGCCUGUGUGAUCAACGGCAUGCAGCUGAAGGACAUGGACCCAUCAGAGCUGGUCGAGGCACUGCGUACCCACCCUGAGAUGGUGUUUGCUCGUACCAGCCCCCAGCAGAAGCUGGUGAUUGUGGAGAGCUGCCAGCGACUGGGUGCAAUCGUGGCUGUGACGGGGGAUGGUGUGAAUGACUCCCCAGCCCUGAAGAAGGCAGACAUUGGCGUGGCCAUGGGCAUUGCCGGCUCGGAUGCUGCUAAAAAUGCAGCCGACAUGAUCCUGCUGGAUGACAACUUUGCCUCCAUUGUGACAGGCGUGGAGCAGGGCCGACUGAUCUUUGACAACCUGAAAAAGUCCAUCGCCUACACACUGACCAAGAACAUCCCUGAACUGACGCCGUACCUUAUUUACAUCACCGUCAGCGUGCCCCUGCCCCUCGGGUGCAUCACCAUCCUCUUCAUAGAACUCUGUACCGACAUCUUCCCCUCUGUGUCCCUGGCGUACGAGAAGGCCGAGAGUGACAUCAUGCACCUGCGUCCACGGAACCCGAAGCGUGACCGAUUGGUCAACGAGCCCCUGGCUGCCUACUCCUACUUCCAGAUCGGUGCCAUCCAGUCAUUUGCUGGCUUCACUGACUACUUCACGGCCAUGGCCCAGGAGGGCUGGUUCCCUUUGCUGUGUGUGGGGCUCCGGCCAUACUGGGAGGACCACCACCUACAAGAUCUGCAGGACAGCUAUGGCCAGGAGUGGACGUUCGGGCAGCGCCUGUACCAGCAGUACACCUGUUACACCGUGUUCUUCAUCAGCAUCGAGAUGUGCCAGAUUGCUGACGUCCUCAUCCGCAAGACACGCCGCCUCUCUGCCUUCCAGCAGGGCUUCUUCAGGAACAGGAUCCUGGUGAUCGCCAUCGUGUUCCAGGUCUGCAUCGGCUGCUUCCUGUGCUACUGCCCCGGAAUGCCCAACAUCUUCAACUUCAUGCCCAUUCGGUUCCAGUGGUGGCUGGUCCCCAUGCCCUUUGGCCUCCUCAUCUUCGUCUAUGAUGAGAUCCGGAAACUUGGAGUUCGCUGUUGCCCAGGGAGCUGGUGGGACCAGGAACUCUACUAUUAGAAGGACCGCUGCAUUCAAGCCAUCCUCGAAUCCACCACAGUAGGGGUGGGGGUGGGGGACACAUGGGACCCUCCGGACAGCCACCAAAGCAUCUGAGCAGUCAAGACUCCCAGCCCCACCUGCGUCUGCUCUUGUAGCCCACGGCAACUCAACCUUGGGGAGACCCUCCCCACUCCCCUUCCCCAUCCACCCUCCCGGAGGAGCAGUCCCUAGGCCCAGUCCUCUGAGCUGGCCUCAGGGAAGCCCCCUCCUGAAUGGUGGGGGGACUUUGAAGGGGAGUGGGAACUAGCAGCUCCUGUGAGGUGGCUCUGUCCUUAGGACUCCAGGCCAGCAAGAGGGCUGCUUGGGGGGUCUUCUUUAAAAACACACUCAUGUCUGCAUGAUAGUAAUAAACCAGCUCAC